CGGGAGGAUGCUACGAUAAAGUACCCUCACAGGACUAGUUAGUAAGUGAGUUAAGUAUCAGUAGUAACAGUGGGGUCAGUCAGGUGUUUGGGAGGUCACGGAGGUAGUGGAGCUGGAUGUAUGAGAAGGAUUCAUGGGCCUGAAGGACCAUCUGGAGGAUGGGACAGGCCACAUCCUCAGCCCAGGGCUGGAUCUGGACUACCUACACGUGGAAGGUGCUGAACGGCAGGCUGGGAAUUUAGGAGCGGGUGUCACUGUUAAAAGCAGCAAUACUGCUGGUAGCAGAGGCAUUAGCUCUAUCAUUCAUUCAAGCAGCAGUAGCAGUUGCAGUAACUUUUCUGAAGAGAGUGCUAUCUCUGACAGUGAAGAUGAAAGGCUCCAGACCGGGUCUGGUUCUGACUCUAAAACACCGCACCACGAUCAGCUUCACCUACACCAAAGGGAGGAGUCCUCAGUCUUUCAGCCAGUCAGGCUGGACCUGGCACCAAAUACAUCUCCUGGAGACCCCCCGGAAACAUCUCUAACUGACCCCAUCACACACUGCCGUACGAAGGUGGAGUUCGCUCUCAAACUAGGCUACCCCGAAGAGCUAGUGUUGCUGGUCCUGAGGAAACUAGGCCCUGACGCACUUAUCAAUGAUAUACUGGGAGAGCUGGUUAAACUGGGAACCAAAAUAGAGAUGGAUCAGCAAGGAGGUCAAGCUGUCUCACAGUCUCCCUCGUCCUCUUUGUCCUCCACCUCCAACUCCUCUCUGGAUUCUUCUCGGCUACUGUGCCGGUCCCACCUGCUAGAAGACAAAGAAAACCUGCGACCUGUUGUUGUGGAUGGAAGCAAUGUAGCCAUGAGUCAUGGGAACAAGGAAGUUUUUUCCUGCCAAGGUAUCAAGCUAGCAGUUGAUUGGUUCUUGGAGCGAGGCCACCGUGACAUCACAGUGUUUGUCCCUGCUUGGAGAAAGGAGCAGUCGCGACCUGAUGCUCUUAUCACAGACCAAGAGAUCCUGCGGCGUCUGGAGAAAGAAAAGAUCUUGGUUUUCACUCCAUCACGACGCGUUCAGGGACGUCGUGUGGUUUGCUACGAUGACAGAUUCAUCGUCAAACUGGCCUACGAGUCAGAUGGUAUAAUUGUUUCAAACGACAACUACCGUGACUUAGCAAAUGAGAAGCCAGAGUGGAAGAAAUUUAUAGAUGAGCGCCUGCUGAUGUACUCGUUUGUAAAUGACAAAUUCAUGCCACCUGAUGACCCGCUGGGACGCCAUGGACCUAGUCUUGAGAAUUUCUUGAGAAAGAGGCCUGUUAUUCCUGAACAUAGAAAGCAGCCAUGUCCUUAUGGAAAAAAGUGCACAUAUGGCCACAAGUGCAAGUUUUAUCACCCUGAAAGGGGUAGUCAGCCCCAGCGAGCUGUGGCAGAUGAACUCCGUGCCAGUGCCAAAAUUUCAUCAGUAGCUUCAAGAGGCCUGCUGGAACAUGCCCUGAUGGCGAAGAGCCAAAAAAAUGGUCAAUCAGAAGGAAUGGCUGAGGCCCCGCUGAUUCGGGAUACCGGAAAGAAACAGCCAAAUCGGAGCCUUCAGAGCUCCUUCAGUGAGCUCUCAGAGGACAAAACUCAGGUCAGUUCCAAAGUGGAGGAACAGAGGAGAAACAGCAGUCUUAGUGGCAGCUGUAGCAAUAACAUUGUAGCACAUCCUGCUCCAGGGGGACCGCCUUCAUCGGGACAUCUGGAAAGAUGGGAACACCCUGCUGGAAGUACUGGAUGCAGCUCCGGUAUUGCCGGGGCUUCAGGACCAAACAAAGCUGAAUCUUAUUACAGAUGCAGUUCUCCAGUGGUGGGCUACAACUCUGUGGUAAAGGCUUAUUCGGGACUCAGUCUUAUAGUGCCACAGACUCCUGAAUGCUUCUUUCCAGGUGAGCUCGGCACAAGUUCACUGGCUUCAGAUUGUAGCAGUGAAAGCAGUGUCAGCUCAGAUUCUUUCUCUCCUGACCCCGUGUUAGAUGAUAGCCCCAAGUGCCAUCACCAUCAUCCCCACCACCACCACCAUCAUCAUCACUACUCUGGCCAGUACCCUCACCAGGCAAGCCGUGUUUCUCCUAGUCUGAGCCAGCAUUCUCCUCGUGGCUAUGUCCAUCCUCAAGGACUUUGGAGACAACGUGAUUUUGGCAUAGAAGAUACUCCAGCAUCUGUCGCCUCUCGCAUUUCGCCACAUCACGUCAACACCGCUUCUGACUACAUCCAACCCCAGCAACAGCUUCAGCUGCUCGCCAAUUUUCCAGGGGAACCACCUCAUCCACAACAUCCACCCCAAACACCCACUACUCAUGCCCGGUCUCAGAGCUUCCCUCGAGGCCACAAUAUGGUGGGCUCCCUUUGGCCGGAACAUGGGCUUCAGGACAGAGUGUGUGAAGGCUCAUCAGUUCAUUCUAGAAGAAACUACUCUGUGCGAACCCAACAACCUCAGCACCAGCAGAACUGGGACCCUAAUUAUGAGCCACCCCCUAAGCCUUACUAUGAUCUGUUUUCCUAUAAGAGUUUUCCACAAGUCCAUGGACACUCUCCUUGGGGCCAGCAAGUUCAUUCAUCACCACAUGGCCUUUUAAUACCAGGUCUUCCAUCGCUUUCACAGCAGUCUCUUCCAUCUGUCCCUACCCACAAGAGCCACAUGCCCUCAGCAACCCAGCACGCAAAGCCAACUGCCUUGGGUCGAUACCAGGACCUUAGGGAGAGGGUGUUUGUUAACUUGUGCGGCAUCUUCCCUCCAGAUUUGGUGAGGAUGGUAAUGACCAGGAACCCACAUGUGACGGAUGCUCAGGAGCUUGCAGCUGCCAUUUUAAUGGAGAAGUCACAGCACAGCUCUUGAAUAAACACAGUGAAGUUUUCAUCUUAACUAAACUCGUAUUUGCAGGGAUAUCCUCUGUAAGCUUAAUAAAAAAAGUCAAGUUGGGCAUACAGAAACCAAAAUCACAAGAUACGAGACUCCUUCAGCUGUUAACACGCUGCCUUUUUAAUGCUAUUAUUAUACAGAGAAAUACCAAAAUUGCCAUACUUUUUUUCUAGAAAUAUGCCUGCUACUUCUGAACGUAACAUAGGAAAAGGUAGGGGUGCAUCUGCAUGUUUUCAUCUUUUUUGGUUAUGAGUCAAAACAGCACUGUAUUUAGGGAAGCUUUUAAGGUGUUUCAAGGGUGGCAGUAUUGUUGAUUUUAAACUUAUUUAUUUGUUACAUUUAAGUUAUUUAUAUAAUUUUAAAAUUAUUUUAGUUUUAUUGCACUUUUUGUUAUUUUUUUUUUCUUCAGAUCAUUUCUUUUGGCAAUCAUAUCAGGGUAUAAUUAUAGCCGUUUGCGCUGUUUCUCUGUUUCUAAUUUUUUUAGUCACUGAGAUGACAACAUUGGGUAUGUAGCUCUAACAUUUUCAGCAUUAACGUGGCACGCACGUAUUUGCCACAUUGCAAAUACAGCCCGACCAUAGUUGACGCUCAAGUAAGCCCAACAAACGGCUUUCUUUCUGUGCUGACAGGUGGCAGAUCAGUUGUUGCGAGAUUUUGUGGAUUUCCCCCAACAAGGAAGUGAAACUUAACCAGCACCCACAAAAGAAGAUAGCAAAAACUCCACUUGAAAACCCCAAGCUCUUGUUCACUUUUGAAUGAGAGUUAUUUCCUCUGUUAGGAUAGCCCUGUCAGCUGACUUCACGGUUCAUCACGCGCUGUUCCUUUCCAUCGCUAAACAAUAUCAGUGUGCUAAAUCAGGUUCAAAGUGUGGCAACUGGAAAUGUUUAUGGGGAACAGAUUGUUGGUAUUGUUUUAAUUUAAAUUAUGUGUUAAUUUAUUAUACUUAAUGUUUGUGAAUGUGAGACACGGGGUAUCGUUUAUCAGUGGUGGAGGGUUUAUCUGCCUCUAAUGCUUUGCAUACAGUUGUGUUAACUGCACAGAUCCACAGUUUUUUGUUUUUUUUUUUAGUUUAUGAGACAUUGAAUAAAAAAACAAAACAGGCACCGGGUGAGAAUCAUAACCUUAAAAUCACUACAUCACCACUGAACUACAUUUUGGACCAUGGUAGUUUUUUACUUUGCAGGGGGUUUUUUCUCAGGAGAUAUUCAUGUUUGGUUUCAAAGUCUGUGGUUCUGUUAAAAAAAGACAAUAAAAAUAGUUUUUAAUAACUUCAACUGAUCCUGACCAUCACAGACCUCCUUAAAUGCCAGCAGGGCUCGUAUAGGUUUCCAGUUAUCCUUACUUUUUUAACCAUAUUUUUUUUUAUUUAUAUAUUUAUAUUCAUAAUAAUUUUGCAGUGCCCAAGGUGACUUCUGUGAAUUGCCUGUUUUCUCCCAAAAAUCGAGGGGCGGGGGGGAUUUAAAAUAUAUUUUUAGUGUUUUAAAAUUAUUUUUAAGUUGUGUCUUCUUAAUGCAGCUUGCUUGGAGCUGUGUGUUUUUGAAUGAAAUUAUGAUAAUUUAUUUUUACUAUCUCUGCCAGUGAGGUUAUUUUUAUUACCCGAGGAACUGUUUGGAAAGCUAACUCUCUCGCCUGGUUAGCUUAAUUUCAAGUAGCCCGAUGACACCUCUCUUAGUUGAUACAAAUUGUAUCCUAUAUGGUGAAAAUAAACAUUGUUUUAUAUGAAAAUGUGAGAACAAGUUUUCAGUUGAAUAUUUUUAUGUGGCAAAAUAUGUCGCCCGUGAUAGUUCGGCUUUUAUGUAAGGGGGAUUCUUGUUCCCUGUUUCCGGGUGCAGUAAAGUCUCAAGUGCACUUUUUGGAUAUAGUUGUGUGUAUUGUCGGUGAACGGAAAGCAAGGUGGAGUCUAGCUCAGAAAUGGUGAAACCUCUAACACUGGUUAGCUAGAGGCUAAGUGGGCACACGCUCAUAAAACAGUAAAAGUGAUCAGGGUUAAAAGUUUUAUAACAGAAAGAGCUUGUUAAAGUUGUUUUGUGAUGUGAUUGGCUGUUAUUAAAGUUUCCUGGCAUCACACUCCAUGGGAGCAGCAAACGCUGUAGCUAGCUUGAAUGUUCCAAAUGUUUCUUAAACACUUUCCAGAAAAUGUAUUUCUUUAUUUCUGUGGAGCUUUCUAACAUCAAAAAACUUUAUUCUCAAACCCUGGAGAGUUGUAUGCAAGGCAUGAACAAAUGUGAGUAACAGUCUGUCAGGUUUUUGGUUUUUUUUUUACACAUUUUUUCUCUUAUCAUUAGCCUACAUUGUUAUCCGCUAUGAUGCUAAAGGCUAAGUCUGUGGUAACCCUGCUAGUCUGGCACUAUGUGCUAGUGUUUGCUAAAUGGGUUAAGACACCCUACAGUAUAAUUUAACAAACUUCUAAAGUUAUUGUGUUUACAUUCUGAUAAAUAUUAACAACUUUAUUCAGUGUACAAAUACAUAUUUUUCUAUUAUUACAAACGUUUUAAAAAGGUAUUUUUCUAAAUGUGUGUAUUUUUUUUCUCAAAAAAAAAAAAAUCCCUAGAAAGUGUGUGUUAAAUCAUGUCCUGACAUCAUGCUGUGAAUGGAUUUCUUCAUAGCUGUUGCUUGAAAAAGUGAAUUCCGACUGAACAUGAAGCAAAUUUCUGUCUUGAAUUAUAUACUUAAAUUUAAGUAUAGCUAAUGUGCUGACUACACAGAUGUAAAUGUUCUUUAGCUAGCAACAUACAGGCCACAUUUGGAAUGACUACAGUUAAAUCUCUUCUUUUUUCCGUCUUAUGCAUAUGUCCAUUUAAUAUUCUGUCUCUUUAGCUAGCAGUGAUCAAAAAGAAGAACCUGGCUCUCAAGAAUCCUGGAUUUAAAUAUGUUGGAGAAUUCUGCAACAACUAAGAUGGUUCAUAUCAGUUCAUGGGGAAAAGAUCUGAAAUGAUAGACAGUAUCAGAGAUGGACCUAGCCACCGUGACGUCAAGCAUUGAGUAGCAAAACCCCAUUGAAAAGCACAAGCGUUUUCUUGCACCAUCUUAGUGUUUUGAAUCUGGACUCGGCAACUAGCAUAUCCUGGAUUAUCAUUACUGUAAUAAAGUACUUUAAGCUGCCCUGUUAUUUCUGAAAGGGUCAUCUAUAUAUGACAAUCAUGGAGACAAUUUUACCAUCAAUUAUAGCCAUGAUUAGUCCCAAUUUUGGCUCUCUAGGGAUGGUCACACAGUCCUUGGAACUGGUCUGCAACUUCUGGUUGUGUGGGAGCAAUGAGUAGUCUUUGACCAGUUGGCAAGUAGCUUCUGAAGGAGGAUGCAAAUGGAUUGCUAAAGCCAGGGCAUAAUAAAUAUUCCACCACCGGCUGGCAAAAACCUCCUUGCGACUGCUUUGGUUGCUAGCAGGUUGGUAGCAGUAAGCAUGGAACACACCAACUUCGGUUGCAGUUUUUCUAUGCCAUAGGUGGUAGUUAGCAUUUUCCCUGCAAACUACAGACGAUGGUAGCAAUCUGCUGACAACCAAAGCAAUAAUAGGAGAUUUGUAUGUGUGCAGAUUUGCCUCCUGUUCAGUCUGAAUGCGCUUUAUUUGCAUUUUGAAUUUGCAUGUGGGGUUUGUAUUAACCGAUGACGAGCAACUUGUCAUUUGUUGCUCAUUUGACUAAAAUCAUGAUGUGUGUUUGUAUUUUAUUAGGUGUUUUAUCAAUAGAAAAAAUGUAAAAUGCCGACAGUCCCUGUUUAGCACAUUUAUUCACAUGUUUAUUUUUAGUGUGCUUUAAUACAGCUUCAUUUCUGCUACAGAAAUAAGUAAGUGCCAUCUCUUCAGGGACCACAGCCAAGGAAAAGGCUGUUUGUUGCUCAUCUCUCGGGCUAGUGGUGCUUUUAUUAAACCAAAAUUAAAAAGGAAAAAAAAGUGUUAGACCAUUGCUGCUGUUUCACUGUAUAUUCUGCUAGGGAAUAAAGUGGUUCUUUCUAUAAUGUGAUCCAGGAUUAUGGUGGUAAAUCACAGUAUUGAUUCAUACAUAGAGUUAACAAAUUAAAAGGAAAACCUAAAAGGAGGGGAGGAGGGAAUUUCUGGGUUGCAUUUGUCCCCUUGGAGGGAAGCGUCAGUUGUUCUGGGGCGUCAUAUUUAUCCUGUGACAAAACAUUUCAGUUCAGAUGGCAUUGAUGAGUUGAUCACCUGACUCCAACCCCACCUGCAUGUUAAACAAUGCUUCCCACCACCAUCAUCAAAACACUAAAUGCGGGAAUAUCUGAUAGAAGAAUGAAACUAUCCUUCCAGAUGAGUGUCAGAGACGUGGAAAAUUGACAUUGAAGCCGUUUUGUUUGUAUUUGGUGGACCAGCGCUGUAUGUUGUCACUCAUCACUAUAUUGAUUAAGGUGAUUAAAAUUGUGCUUCACAACAACUUUUUUGAUUUUUGGUUUAAUGUACAGUACUUUCACUUUUUCGCCCCUGUAUGAGUUUAACUUUUUAUUCUAUAAAACCACCAUUCCAGAGUCGGUUUCACCAAACAUUUGUUGUGCUCGAUUAAGCUUUAGAGAUUGAAACCCAAAACAAGAGCACAUAAAACAAAUGUGACAUACCUACAGGAUCAGGGAAAAUGUGGCUGAAUGAGACAUGUUGACUGUUCUUGUGAGUGAUGUAAAAGUGACCAAUAAAAGCCUCACUUAAAGCUUUCACGUCCUGCCUGGUCUGUGUACAUGCUGGAUUUUGGUAUAGUGUGAUUUGAAAUAAGAGUCUUUUAAUUUUCCUUCAUGAACAUUUUUAUUUGUAUUAAAUGUAAUGUGCCUACACUGAACCACAGAUGCCACAGAAACCUGCAUGAUCGCUUUUGGAUGGACCUUAUCACACCGAUUUUAGAAGAGUUUUUCUUUUGGGUAUUUUGGACACAGCAAGAGAAGUGACAUCACUGCUCUACUGCAGUUGUUUACACUUGCAUCACUCUUCCUGUUUUUUGACGAUCUAUCAGCUGUGGCAGGAAACAAUGAAAAGUGCUGUGAAAUGUUUCCAUUAAGUUAUGAAAAUGAAACUUUCCACUUUGCGACCCCGUGAAAAAAUUAAGUAAAUUCCAUGAUUCAGUAGCUGUAAAACCACCUGUAGUAGCAAUAACUGAUCUGUUUUCUGUAUAAAUUUCUGUCAUAUUGUGGAGGAUUUCUUUACAGCUUCAGUCCAUUGAGGUUUGCAGGCAUUAGUUUACUCAUAUUUUUGCCAUUCUGUUACAGAUUU